AUGUAUGCUGAAAAAUACGAAGCCUUUCAAGAAGAAAUCUUUAAAAUUCACGAGUACUUUAUUCCUACAUCAGAAAGUUUACAGAAAGAAAUAAAAAAAGAUUCAACAGAAAUUAAACAGAACAUGAGCAACAUCAGAACAGCCAUGAAGACUGAAGGUGAAACCCUGAAAAGUCUGGUGGACACUGUCGUAUCUGAGAACAUGAGGCAGAUAGACCAAAUAGAGCAUUCACUGCUAGAAAAUCUGAACACCCAAGACAAGACUUUGGAUGAUUACAUCACUUAUCUUCAUAAUCUUGUCAAAGAGUUCCAAGAAUGCUUUUCCUUUACAGAACCCCAGAAAUUAAUGUUUAAGAAGAAGCCAAAAAUUCGAUCCAUACCAAAGACAUCAAAACCAGUCACACCAGGAUUUACUGCUGGUCAAUACAACAAAUGUGAUGUCGCCAAAUUACUUGGUAAAACACAUGUCCCUAACACUAAAUCAGAGAAUAGAGAAAUACGUCCCAUUGAAAGUGUCUACAAUACAGAGAUGAAAUCUACACUUAAGGAGAUGAAAGAAAAAGAAAAAUAA